AUGAAUAUUCAUUUUGUAAAGGUCACGUGCGAUAUCCCGGUUGCAAGUUUCAAAAGCAUCUCGACCAAUUGCUGAUGACAUGUUAUGUUAAGAAUUAAAGGUUCAAUCGGAAAAGAAGAAAAACUGUCUCAUCGCUAAACUUCCGAAAUCUGAACAAGUGACUUGGAGCUGAUAUUUCUUUGGCUUGUUAAAAAAAAAAAACAAGGAGCCCAAUGAAUAUGACAUCCUUGAGUGAGUUUCCCCCGGCCCACCCAGGAUAUCACUCGGAGGGGACCAGGGCGAGUCCUAGCCCCGCUUCGCUUACCGAAAUGAUAAGUCGAAACAAAUUCUUGGAAGCUGCUAUACCAAAAUGUGCUGGGUGCGGGGAGCCGAUCUUGGACCGGUUCAUUCUGAAGGUACUGGACAGGUCGUGGCACUCCCGUUGUCUGCAGUGCCAUGAUUGCCAUGUCAGAUUGAGCGACAAGUGCUUCUCCAAAGGAGAAAAGGUCUUCUGCAAAGACGACUUCUUCAGACGGUAUGGUACUAAGUGUGCCGGCUGUGAGAAGGGUAUUCCCCCUACAGAAGUGGUACGUAGAGCCCAGGACAACGUCUAUCACUUGGAAUGUUUUUCUUGUUUGAUGUGCAAUCGGCAGUUAAACACAGGGGAUGAAUUUUACUUGAUGGAGGACCGGAAACUAGUCUGUAAAGCUGACUACGAGUCUGCCAAGGCGCGAGGGAUCAAUGAAUACGACAUAGAUGCAGCUAACAAGCGGCCAAGAACAACUAUUACAGCCAAACAGCUAGAGGCUCUAAAAAGAGCUUACAACGAAAGCCCAAAACCCGCACGACACGUGAGAGAGCAGCUGAGUGCAGAAACAGGACUGGACAUGCGUGUUGUACAGGUCUGGUUUCAAAAUCGCCGCGCUAAAGAGAAGCGACUCAAGAAAGACGCAGGUAGAAACAGGUGGAGCCCUUACUUCAGACAGUUAAAACGCAAUGGUGACCAAGAUAGUUCUAAUAGUGCAGACGACAGAUCAGACAUUUGUCUUGAUGAUGAUGAUAUAGAUGAUUUAGAUGAAUCAAUAAGUCAAUCAGGAAGACUGUCCGGGGAUAUAUUUAGUUCGGGUUCGGGACAACCUAUGGACAGAGAGCCCAACAUGGGAAGUGUGCCGGUUGUCCCUCCUGAAUCGCCAUCCAUGGAAUCUUGGUCCCAUUUUGGAAAUGUUCCAAAUAACCCGAAUUUUCUUGGACGUCAUUCUCCCAAUAUCUCCAUGUCAAAUUCACACUUAAUACCCAUGGACCCAUUGCCCAUGAUGGGUGGUCCGUCCAGUGUUGCUAGACUGAUGGGAGGGGAUUUAAACGAUAAUUCACAAGGGUAUUCCGAGUACUCGUCAAAUUCAAAUCAUAACCACGUAGAAGCUUAUUGAAACCAUGUGUAAAGUAGGAUAAAAAUGUUUUUCAUCAGCUUCAAUAUGACUUUUUUAACAACACACUAAAAAUGUUAUUAAAUGUUGCAAAAUGUUUCGAAGUCACGAUUAAUAGCUAUAUUGCAAUGGUGUGUUAUGAUAAGUAAAGAGAUCAUAAGAUAAUAUACAAAACACUUAUUUGUCGCGAGCGAGACUCGAGGAUAAAAACAUUGAUGAUUAGAGUACUGUUUGUUUCAGUGGCUUUCAUGUAUUUUAGAUAUAGCGCAGGUCCCGUUUGUAUUUCUAGUCCUAUUGUUCCCCUUGGUAUGUGCAAUAUUUAUUUUGAAUUUUAUGGAGAAAUAUGCUUUAUUAUAUAUUGUGAACUUUUUUUCUCUUUCAAUGUUUAUUUUAAACUAUUAUUGUUAUCUAUUUUGUUUUAAAACAUAAAUUAAGCAACUGUUCAUCAUU